AUGUGUUGUAUAUAUUUUAUAUAUAUGAAUGAAUGUAACUCGGUUAUACCUGCCUGACGGGCAGCGACAGCCGUUAUAACAGGGGUGUUCUGUUUCAUACACCUUCUUAUGGAUUAAUUAAUACAUUGUAACUUUUUAGUAAUUUUUUUUCUGUCUGCCCUGUUUAUAAUAAUUUUUUAUUCAUGAAACAACUUUAUUCAUGCCCUAUAACUAUAUUCUUUGUGAUCAUAUACUUUAAAUAUGUAUUGUAUAUUUUAAGGAAUGUCACCGUAUAUAGAUUAGCAAUGCCUCCCAGUGUUUACCCUGCGGUUGGAUCAACGUGGAUGCUAAACAGAUGAAGUUAUUGCAUUCACCACAUUAUUCCAUUAAGUUUACUGUUUUUGACAAUUAUGCUUAGUGUAGCUUUAUUUUAACACCAUGUGCACUUAAUUUACGGAACCAACUUGUACAGGGAGAAAUCUGACCAGUAGGCGUUGCGGGUUUUCUCUUGUCAGUCCAAACCUAAGGAUCGUAGGCGGUGGUGAAGCAGUCCCUCAUUCAUGGCCAUGGAUGCUGAGCCUCGACACAACUGGUGCCAAUGCGUUGAGACGAAAAGGUCAUUCAUGCGGUGCUGUACUUAUAUCAGCAGGUUGGGCGCUCACAGCGGCACACUGCCUAGAUGACCCCAGGCAGCCAAACCGAUUCCCAGUAACCGCUCCAACCACUUGGAGAGUAACUGCUGGGAUGCAUGAGAGGGGUAUUGAAUCUUCUGACAGACGAUGGUGGCAAGUCAGCGGGGUCAGAAGAUUUUUUGCUCACUAUGGCUUUGUGGAUUUAAUACGAUCAGCAAAGAAUGACAUAGCUUUGUUACAACUUUCCCACCCUUUUAUACUGACACCGUACAUUCAACCGAUAUGUUUGCCUGAAGGAAGGGUCACUCAGGCGGGUUGGAGAAACUGUUUCACUGCCGGCUGGGGAACAUUAGCUUAUGGCAGUCGACAAUACUCACUUACACUCCAUGAAGUAGAGGUACCAAUCGUGACCUACCAGACUUGCAGAGCACGAUUUGGAAACAGCGUCAACAGUUUCUUACAUCUCUGUGCUGGGGAUUGGAAUAGAGGACAGCGGGAUAGCUGUAAAGGUGACAGUGGUGGACCUUUGGCCUGUCAGCGCGAAGAUUUUAGCUGGUACCUCGCCGGCAUUGUAUCCUGGGGUCAUAGAUGCGGACUGCGGAAUACACCUGGUGUAUACACAAGCGUUGUACAUUACGAAGAUUGGAUAAGCGCAUAUAUAAGAUAUUUUGAACCGGAAUCCGUGGAAAUGUACCAGAGAAGGUUAAGCAGGACUCGGUCAAAGCGAGAAACGAAUGGCCAGACGCCUUUUGCUGUAAGGCUGUUUCCAAUGCAAAGAAAACCGACAUAAAACACCAGUUUCGCGUAUCGUUGUAUUUAUUUCAAGUUUCUUUAUUUUUGUUUAUUAUUUUUUAAUUCUACGACGCGGAAAUUGAUUCGCCGAUAUUUGACUUUGCCUUUGUAGAUUGCCUUUCUUUUUCAUGUGAUUUCAAUAAGGCUACAUUUGCCUGCUGUUCAAACUAACCAGAAUUCAGACCAUUAAAAACUUUUCUGUGUAGGCCACGGUCCAUUUGUAAACGUUUAUAAAUAUAUAUUGUUUUUUUAAAAUCUAUUUUAACCGGAGUAUUAUUUUUCGGGGAGUUAAAAAGCGUUACAGUGCAAGAACGCCACCUUGCGAACCUUGUCAAAAAACAGCGCUGGCAGAUUUUGAGAAAGUUUUAACAAGAUGUUAUGUGUUGUUUGCUUGUCUAAAAUUUAGUUAUACGAUUAAAAGUUUUUAUAAUUCUGUA